UAACGGCAGUUGUAUUGUGUCGUGGUUCCUUUCAAGUCUUGUCGUGUAACAGCGUAGGACCGAAAAUCCUUGGUAUUUUGGUUAACAAACGCAGAGAAUACUCGAGAUAUUACACACAACAGAAAAAUGGCAGAAGAAUUGGAAGGUGUGAAAACAGAUCACCUCGAUAAAGAAUGUCCGGCAUUCAAAGAAGGUUGUCCGUUUUCUAAAGUGGAAGAUAAGCAGAUCAAAGAUGCAGUUGAGAAAUGCCCUGAAUUCAAAACCGGAUGUCCAUUUAAAGAUUCCAAAAGCCUUGCUGAGGUUUACGAGAAGUUAUCGCAUGUUCCACACUCAGCUGGACAUGAAAAGGAAUUAUCUGGUCAAAAGUUGACUGAUAUGUUUAAGAAAAUGCACGAUACGUCUGAAAGUCUGGAAGAAAAGUUAGGAGAUUGUCCUGUGUUUCACAAACAGCAGGGAUGCCCAUUUAAAAGCGUCCGUACUCACGACGGCAAGCGGUUGGCUGAACCGGUUGAAUCCAUCGGCCAUGACGAACGAGUGUCGAAGAAGCUGAGGACUGUCGAUGUCACUCAUCUUAAGCAACAAUGCGCUGCAUUUCAAGAAGGUUGCCCGUUUGCUAAAGUGGAGGAAAAGCAACUAGUGGAGGCGAUCGAAAAGUGUCCCGAAUUCCAAAACGGCUGUCCGUUUAAAGAUGCCAAAAGUCUUGCUGAAGUUUACGAGAGGUUGUCCCAUGUGCCGCAUUCAGCUGGACAUGAAAGCGAAUUAUCCGGUCAGAAGUUGAUUGAGAUGUUCAAGAAAAUGCACGAUACGGCAGAAUGCCUGGAAGAGAAGUUAGGAGAUUGCCCUGUGUUUCACAACGAUCUAGGAUGCCCAUUCAAGAGUGUUCGCACUGAGGAAGGCAAGCACUUGGUGGAACCUGUUGAGUCUGUUGCCCAUGAUCAGCACGUCAUUGAGGAGCUCAAAGAGAUCGAUACCACGCAUUUACAACAGCAUUGCCCUGCUUUUAAAGAUGGCUGCCCAUUUAGUAAACUGGAGGACAAAGAUAUGAAAGAAGCCAUUGCAAAAUGUCCCGAGUUCCAAAAUGGCUGCCCUUUUAAGGAUGCCAAAAGUUUUGCAGAAGUUUACGAGAUUUUGUCCCAUGUCCCACAUUCAGCUGGACAUGAAAAUGAGUUAUCUGGUAAAAAGAUGAUUGAAAUGUUUAUGAAAAUGCACGAUACUUCUGAAUGUCUAGAAGAGAAAUUAGGUGAUUGCCCCGUAUUUCACAAAGAUCAAGGAUGCCCAUUCAAGAGUGUCCGUACUGAGGACGGAAAGCAUCUGGUAGAGCCUGUCAACUCCGUCUCUCAUGAUCAGCAUGUUAUUGAUAGCUUGGAAUCAGUUGACGUGACUGAAAUUCAAGAAAAAUGCCCUGCGUUCAAAGAUGGUUGCCCGUUUGCGAAGGCUGAUGAAAAGGCAUUAAAUGAAGCGAUUGAGAAAUGUCCCGAAUUCCAAAAUGGCUGUCACUUCAAAGAUGCCAAAAGUCUCGGGGAAGUUUACGAGAAGUUGUCCCAUGUUCCGCAUGCGGGAAAGGUGGAAGAGUUGUCUGGGCAGAAAUUGGUUGAGUUCUUCAAGAAAAUGCACAGUACUUCCGAAUGCCUCGAAAAGAAGAUUGGGGAUUGCCCUGUGUUUCAUAAAGAUGAUGGCUGUCCUUUUAAAUCCGUCCGUAGCAACAAAAAACAUUUAGUGGACCUAGUCGAUUCCGUUGCUCAUAACUAGGUUUGGUUUUUGUAAGAGUGCCUUAAAGAGGAUGUAACUUCUCGGGUAAUUCAUCGUAAUUUUUAAUGCUAAAAUAGGUCAGAUACUAUCGUAUGAAACUAUUAUCUCCUGUAGUGUGUUUGGUAUAGUUUUAUACAACGGCCCCUGACCAACAUUUGUAAUGGUUUUAUCCAAAAUACGCGAUUCUAAAUUGACCUUUCAUCAACUAUGCUUCAAAUUUAACUGUUUUUUAUUCAACUGACCCUUUGUUUACAGCGAGGUAUGAGUGUAGCGCAUCCAUAAAGCCAUAUUUAGAGAACUGGGUUUAAUAUACAUACUAGUACUAUGCUUCCGUGAUGGUAGUUCUUGGUAUCCUGUAAACCAGGGGACGGUGGUAUAGAAAUGCAGUUAUAUAAUUGUAACUAAUGUUAAAGAAGUGGAAAAUCAGAAUUAAUGAUUUUAUAUCGAUCAAAUAAUAAGUUUUGUUGUACAAAAUAAUAAUUCAUUGAAUUCA